GGCUUGAUGCCUUCUCUCGCGCGCAUCUGAUGGCCGCAAUUAUUAAGCGAAAUAAUAAUACAAGUAGCACGCGAGGGAAAGAGAAAACAGAACAGGUGACGUAGUCAUAAGCCAUUUUGCGUGCCUUUUUGAAGAAAACCAAUAGGACCUCACACAGCAGGUCGAGCCUCCCCUUCAAUGACCAAUCAUAAGGGUGCAAUUGGAUCCGAGCCCCUGGCCACAAUGUAUUGCAGUCAUGUGAUGGGCCCUGCAUCGUGAUAGAAUGCCAACAUAGAACUGUGGAACGACGUUUCCUUUUCAAUAACAAUAACAGAAAACAGAAAACAUCGAAAGAUAUGAUUAAGAAAGCCUUAUUAAGGUAAUCUGCUGUGUCAUAUCUGCUUCCUUUUUUGUUUUUGUUUUUUUGAGGGGGGUGGAGUUUUGCCUCUUAAAAUAUACAAGGCCUGACCCCCCCCCCCCCCCCACCACCACCACGUAGUGGACUCCCGACUGGAUGCCAAUGGUCUCAGUAAGUGGCCGAGAAGUCCUGACCAAUGGCAAUGACUCGAUGAGGACCCUGGCAAGAGCGCCGCUGGCAUGUACCUACAGGAGCGCGGUGCUGCCCUUUAAGGACAGUGGGCUGGGGGCGCUGGCCUUUUUGGAGGGGGAGGAGAGCGAGUGCAGCUCGGGGUCCAGCUCGGGCUCCUGUCCCAGUCCCGUGUCCCAGGACGCGGGGUCCAGCGUCAGCCCUGGACCGGGGGAGGAUGGGAGCCUCCUGCGCCUCUAUCUCACGUCCACGGGGACGGGAGCGGGAGCGGGGGGCGAGGACAGGCCCAGCGGGGGGGCGACCACCAGGCUGCCGGACUUCAGAUCCCGGCUCCCCAGCAACUUCUCCCCGACGCUGGAGGAGAUCGAGGAGUUCCUGAGGGAGAAGAUGGAGCAGGUCACGGACGACGGUCUUUCGGACCCGGACGACGGGCCGGAAGCCGCCCCCGCGGCCGUUCCCGCCGCGCCCGACGGACUCGAUCAGCCGGAGGCGGGUUCUGUCCCAGAAGCCCCCGCUUCGCAGCAGAGCGCUACCCCGCCCGCUACCUCAGUGCCCCAAGUGCUCGUGGGAGCUCCCGUGGUGCUCCAGAUUCAGCCCCUGCAGCUGAGCCCCUCGCCCCCCCAGCCCCCCCCUCAGACGGGCGGCGGCGGCGGCAGCGGCGGCGGGUUCAGGGUGGCGCACUUGGUGCUGGGCGUGGGCGGGAGCCAGAACUUUACCCUGCUGCAGCAGAUGUCCCCCGCCACGCUCGUCCCGUUGGCCGGCGAGCCUGGCGGUCCGGACCAAAAGUAUGUGAAGAUAGCGCCCCUGCCCAUCGCGGUGCGGACGCUGGGGGUGCCCGGCGGCGCGGGCGCCGGUGGCGGCGGCGGCCUGGUCAAAGCCAUCCCGCCGCGCGCCGCCAAGGCGCCGUCGGAGACCCAGCGCAUCCACAAGUGCUCCCACCCCGGCUGUGAGAAGAUGUACACCAAGAGCAGCCACCUGAAGGCCCACUUCCGCCGACACACCGGGGAGAAGCCCUACACCUGCGCCUGGCCCGACUGCGGCUGGAGGUUCUCCCGCUCCGACGAGCUGUCCCGCCACCGCCGGUCCCACUCGGGGGUCAAGCCCUACACCUGUCCCAUGUGCGACAAGAAGUUCGCUCGGAGCGACCACCUGUCCAAACACACCAAGGUGCACCGGAGCCCGAGACCUGGAAGGCUGGUCCGGGCCAGCUGCUGACAGCCCCCUACC